CCUCCCGGGCCGCAGACAGGAAGCCGUCCGCGCCGGGGGCUUCUGGGAAACGGCUGAGAGCGGCGUCUCUGCGUCGGCCGCGGACAGCGAAGCCGCUGCGGUGCCCGAGCCCCAGGAUUGCCUGUGGAGAACCGAGGUAUCUCCCCAGGCCUGUAUUCUGCCUGCCUCGAUUGUCUCUUGGUGAAGCAUUAAAAUCAGGAUGUCUACGCAGUCAGGGGAAGAAGAUUCCAUACUUAUCAUCCCGACUCCAGAAGAGGAGGAAAAAAUCCUGAGAGUGAAGUUGGAGGAGGGUCCUGAUGGUGAAGAGGGAUCGAGCAUCCCCUGGAGCCGUCUCCCCGACCCCGAGGUCUUCCGACAGCGGUUCCGGAAGUUCGGGUACCAGGACUCCCCAGGGCCCCGCGAGGCCGUCAGCCAGCUUCGAGAACUUUGCCGCCUGUGGCUCAGGCCCGAGACGCACACGAAGGAACAAAUCCUGGAGCUGGUCGUGCUGGAGCAGUUUGUGGCCAUCCUCCCCAAGGAGCUGCAGACGUGGGUUCGCGAGCAUCACCCCGAGAAUGGAGAGGAGGCAGUGGCGGUGCUGGAGGAUUUAGAGAGUGAACUGGAUGACCCCGGACAGUCGGUUUCUCUCUGCCGGCGGAAGCGGGAGGUGCUGGUAGAGGAGAUUGCAUCUCAAGAAGAAGCGCAGGGCUUACCGAGUUCGGAGCUCGAUGCUGUGGAAAACCAGCUCAAGUGGGCGUCCUGGGAGCUCCACUCCCUCAGGCACUGCGAAUUUUCUUUUGUAGACAGACACAUUAGGUUUGUGUUGAUCAUGGAAUCUUCUUUGCAAGGAUACAUUCCCUUCCCUUCUACAUUAAAGGGCAACAUAGGGAUUAUGAAGUCUGAAAACCGAAACCAUCUUUUCAAAAUUUACUCUUCUGUUUUUUGGGUUUUUUUUUUAACCCAAUUUGGAUAUGCAUUUCAGAAAAUAGAAGAUAAAAGAUGACUAAAGCUUCAAAGUAAAAUUAGAAGUGAUGGUGAUAAAACAUCAAAAAGUGAAUGGGACGCCUAGAUUGGGAAAGAUGUAAAAAUGUUUGGAUCCCAAGAAUUGAAGUGUAUCAAAAAUUUAUCUAGAUAUAAUUAUCUGCCUGUAGGAAAAUAAAAAUGCUGCAUCCUGUCUGUAACUUGGAGGCAUCCCACUAGUGAAAAUAAUGUUCUCUGUAUCAUUAGAAAGUGAACAGUCUAAACAAGAAUCAUAAACUAUGAAAGUAGAAAAAACACUAGAGAAUUUGCAGUCAAUGACAGUGUUGAAGGGCAAAUGUGAAGGUAAUAGUCCAUCUUGGCUUUGAGAAGAUCCAAUUCUUUAUUAUUUUGCCUUCGUUUUUGUUAAGGAUAGAAAAAAUCCCUGACCAGGUGGGUAACAAGUAUCAGGUUUGUUAUUUUAUUUUAGUUCUUUGGUAAAAAAGGGUUGAACACCAGGCUAACAAAGCAGCCACGCAUUCAUUCAUUCAGCAUUUUCUACCGACAAGGCACUGUGCUGGGUACUGUAGCCCUACCAUCAGUAGGUAGGUGAUUCUUCCACUGUAUAUUAUCGGGGAACUGGUACAAAGCGGUUUCUUGUGAGUUAUCCUCUGGCCCCCUUCUGAGCAGUCCUGGGGGAGCCAUAGUUCUCUUACCAGGGUGCUGUAUUUGGGGGAAAGGAAGACAGCUCAAACUGCUAAUCCUAACCGUCUCUCCAGCAUUCCUCAGAGGUGAGUUUAAAAUUCUAUCACAGUUUGGAGGUUUUAUAAAACUAAUCAAUCUCUAUUAGCAUUGAGGUUGUACUUACAUGUUAAGUUGAAUGGAUUGUUCUAUUUAAAAAGUAAACGACUAGGUUAUUAACAACUAGUUUAUUAACUAUCAGAAUUGAUUGAACUAUUUUUUAACAAUUUUAAGUCUUAACACAUUUUUAUAAAUGUAUGAAAGUAAUGCAUUGCAGUAGUAAGGUUAUAUACUCCUUGGCUGAGAAUCUGAAGUACUGUGGUUCUGUUCAGUGGAAAACUCUGGAAGUUAAAAUACAGAAAAUGAGAAAAGGCUUUCUUAUAGUGGGCAUCAUUGUGUGGAAAAUGACCCAUUUGAAUAAAUAUUUCAUAGUUCCAGAGAUUUUGGUUACAGCUGGUGCUUGGAUUAAAUUUUAAAAAUGGAAGGUGAAGUUUGCAUGAGCCUAUUAAAAAGCAUAGUAAUACACGCAAGGCCAGCUGGUGGAGAAGCGAGGCAGAAUGGGGCUUGUUUAUGGGUUUUCUGAUAAUUAAUAAGAAAUGUGCUUUAUAGAUUAAGGUUUAUUGAACUAUAAAUAUGUAGUAAUGAUAUAAUGUAUUUUAAAUUAUACAUGAAAAUGUAGGGACUUUUGUUUGGGUCUUUUUUUCUGUAGCUGAGAGGAAACAUGUCAAUGUCCAAUAAAGGUAUAGACUCCUCUGCUCUAAGAUGCAAUGAUCUUGAGUUGAUUGAUUGAUUGAUUGAUAACUGGUUUCUUUCUAAGUAGGCUUUGAGGUGGCAUAUUUGGAAUUCUGCUAGGAUGACAGGAUUCUUAAUAUCAGAGUAGGUAAGAAGGGGUCAAGCUCUCAGUGGUUGACAUUUCAUGCUUUUUUCGAUUUUAUAUCUUUUCUGUAUACCAAGAAGCUUCAGUGUGGUAGAUUUGUCUUAAAGGCCAAAGAUGUUUGGUAUAACGUGAGAGCUUAGACAGAGUAGUGUUAGAGUUGGCAAAGAAGUGUUUGUCUUGCCAGCUCAUAGCCAUGGGUUGUUUAGAAAACAUUCUGAGGCUAUGGCAGGGCUCAGUGGGGAAAUGGCUGGAUCCAAAAAGACUGGGUGAUGGUCCACAGGAAAAGAAAGUGGUUGGUGUACUUGCUGUUUCUGAUUAGGUUAUAUCCCCAGUGGAUAAAUCGACCUAAAAUAACUAUUCAGUGAUUUAUGAUUUCAUCUAUACAUGUAUCUAUACCCACACAGAUAAUCAGCAAUGCUGGGGGCUGCGCAGCCUCUGAUGAAAUGGUGGUCUGGCAGUUGUCAAGCAGUGGCAACUUUUGGUUAGCAAACAAGCAGUCAGUGUUAAUGGCAUGCAGACUGCGGAUACCUACCUAAUAGCCACUGAGCAUUUGCUCAUUACUGGUAAAUUCUGGGUUUCUUGGAGGUUAAGCUCCUUACAUUCACACCCAGUUGGCACUUGAUCAUUUAGCAGUAUGUCUACCGCAUUAAUGUAGGUUGAAGGGAGAAUUAUAUGUAUUGAAAUAAUCUGCAUGCCAGGCAUCGGAUUAGACCCUCCUUGUCGCACUUAGAUUUGUAGAUUAAACAGCAGGAUUCAGAGAUCACGUGACUCGCAUGUGGCCAAGUAGAGCUAACACUCAAAUCUAGUUCUGUGAACUCCACAGACAUCAAUUUUUCCACAAUGCCAUGAGCAGUGGCUGUUAAACCUUGAUUUUAGAUUUUAUCUUUUAUGGUUCAGAGGUUUUUAUCUUUUAUAGUUAACAAAUAUGAAAACUAUUAAAUUCACUCAUUAAGAUUUUUUAUAGUACAGAAUAUGAAGUGAAAAAGAACAUUCUUUCUCAUAGUCUUACUCAGAAGUAAUAAUUACUUGGUCUGUUAUUCUUCCAGACUUAGGCAUAUACAAGUUUAAGCAAAAAUGUGUUAAUAGCCGACACUUGUGGUUCCUAUAAAGGCACUGUUUUGAAGUGCUUUACCAUGGAUUAACUCUUAAUCCUCACAGCAACCAUAUGAGGAAGGUACAUAUCUCCAUUUUACAUGUACUGCUCUGAAAUUUGUCUCCCCUCCUUCCCAAUUUGAUAUAGGCAUUGUUUUUCAUGGCUACAAAUACUGUUCCAUUGCAUGAAUAUACUGUUAUUUAUUUAAUCAACCCCUGGAUAAUUUCGUUGUUUUUUUUUAAAUUAUUAUACAUAAAGGUGUGGUUAAGAUCCUUGUACAUAUAUUUUGCUGCUUGUGUGGGUAUUUCUGUAGGAUAAAUACAAGUGGAUUUUUUGGGUCAGAGAAUGUGCACAUUCAGCAUUUUAAGAGAUGCCACCCAAAAGAUUACCAAUUUACAGCAGUUUACAACUCCUCAAUGAUAAGAGUGCCUGUGGGCACCCACACCAAUCUGAUAGGCAAAAUGUAUUUCCUUCCUUUGAUAAUUAAUGAGGAACAUUUCUUCUUAUGUUUAUUGGCCAUUUGCAUUUCCUGUUAUGAAUUGUGUUUGCCCAUGUUUCUUUUUUUUAAAAUUAUAAAAGUAUAAAUGACUACUAGCUCAAUGUAUAAAGCAUAAAUGAUACAGGUAUAAGAACAAAGACUUUCUCCAGCACUUCAAUCACAUUCCACUUCCCAGAGUUUAGUAUACAUCUGUCUAGUCCCCUUUCCAUACAUCUCCAUUUGAAUGUACAUAAGCAUAUAAAAGCUAUUUUUACAUAAACAGGAUCAUAUAUGUACUGUUCUAUAGCUUGCCUUUUUUUUGGUCUCAAAAAACCUAUUCCUGAGGUCUUUAAAUUUCUUUAAUAGGAUUCAAUAUUAUGAAAAUACCAUGACUGAAGGUAUUUUUUUCUCCUGCUCUUACAUUGCCAAAGUAAAUGUUUUCUCAUAUAUCUUUGUGCAUGUGUGUGAAUAUUCCUUUAGGAUGGCGUUGUCUAAGGUGGAUUAUUACAUCAGCGGUGCACUCCCCGAUAGGCUCACCUUAGCCUUCCUAAAGGCCUUCAUAACGUUAUAUUUUACCAACUGUAGGGAAAAUGCUCAUUUCCCCAUAUGGCCUUACCUGCACUUAUUUUAUCUGAACAACAACAACAAAAAAUCCUUAAUUACAUUUCCCUGAUUAAUGAUAAGGUUGAGGUUAUUUUGAUGUUUAUUGGCCAUGGAUUGUUUGUUCACAUCUGCUACCUGCUUUCCAGCUGGGUUAUGUGUGGGUGUAUGUUGUCUUUGUUCGUACAGCAUCUCUUUUCCGUCUUCUGGUAACAGAGCCCUUAUUUAUUGCGGGGAACCCAUUCCCUAUGGCUUAGCUGAACACAUGACCAGGUCUGGCCUCCCUGAGUUCUGCAGCUCCUUACCGUAGCCACAGUGAUGAAAGCAUAGGCGUGUCACUCAAGCCAGGCUACAGAGAGCUCUCAGCAAACUGCAGAAACGAUUGGCAACACGGCUCACGGAGAUCCCAGGAACUAAGGACUGUGUGUGUACCAUGUGGGGAGAGCGAGGAGAAGCUCAGAGGCUAGCAGAAAGGACAGAGAACUGAGUUCUGAUGUCAUUUUUCUGGAGGCCCUCGAUCCAGCUGUGCCUAAAGCCUGCCCUACCUCCGGACUUUAACGUUUUGUGAGCCAAUAAAGUCCCUUUCCUGUUUAAGAUAAUUGAAUUGGGUUUCUGUCCUGAUUAAUAUAGGUUAUUUGUAUUUUCUUAUUGAUUUGUAGAAACCGCUGUAAUUUUAAAUUCUAGACUUACACUUUAUGCACUAUAUAGGUGAAUAAAAUUAGCAUGGCCUUCCAUGAUUUGGCCUCUGUCAA